GAGAGCUUUGAUUACAUCGGCAGCUCGCGCCUGGUGUUCGACAUGGAGCAGGAGAAGUUCCCGCUGCGCCUGGAGAACGUCGGCGCCUUCCUGGAGCUGGGACAGGUGUCCCUGAUGAACAAUUCCGAGCUCUGGGUGCACACGGAUCCCGUCUCCCGCCGGAACCAAUCCGUGGACGCCCAGGUCAGGCGGCUCCUGUCCGCGCUCCAGAACUCCGGCUCCGGGGUUUCCGUGCGGGAGCCGGGCGUAUCCCAGCCCCUCCCCCCCUCGUCAUUCCAGAGGUUCCUGAGGUCCCGGAGCAUCCCGGGGGCCGUGCUGAGCGACCACCGGGCGGGAUUCCGGAACAGGUACUUCCAGAGCAUCUACGACACGGCCGAGAGCGUCGGGCUGCGUUAUCCCGAGGGAAUGAGCCCCGAGGAGCAGCUGGAGCACGUCACCGACACCGCCAAGGCCCUGGCCAGGGUGGGCACGCUGGUGGCCCGGGCUCUGUUCUCGCUGGCCGGGGGAGAAAACGGCACCGAGAACAUCCGGGCGGAUGAGAAAACGGUCGCUCGGCUGCUCUUUGGGUUCCUGCUCAACUCCAACAACUCCUGGUUCCAGUCCCUGAUCAAACCCGACCAGAAGGGGAUCCUGGGCCCGUUUCCCCAGCACUACGUGGCCGUGUCCAGCCCCACCAACACGACGCAGCUGCUGCAGGCGGUGCUGGGGAACCUGACCGGGACCAGCGCCAACCUGAGCCGGGAGCAGUGCCAGAACCCCGGGAAAACGCCCGGAACCGUGCCCGAGCUGUACGAGUACUGGUGGGUGCAGGGCCCCCUGGACGGGAAUUCCACAUCCCGCAUUCCCGGCUGCGUCCGCUCCGGUGUCCGUCUGUCCCCGGCGCUGUCCCCGGCCUUCGAGCUGCGCCGCUGGGAUUCCCGGGAAUUCUCCACGUGGACCGAGAGCCGCUGGAAGGACAUCAGGGCCCGGAUCUUCCUGGUGGCCAGCAGGGAGCUGGAGCUGCUGACGCUGGCGCUGGGGUUGGUGCUGCUCCUGUCCCUGCUCGGCACCUUCCUCAUCAACUCCAAGGCCUCGCUGCUCUUCAGGAUCCCGGCCCCUCCCGGCUCCUCUGGGUACUGAAAAUCCCGGAAAAACGGCCUGGAAAAUCCGGGAAAACCGUCU